GCUGAAUGCGAAACUCUCUCUCUCCGUCUCUCUGCGAGUCUCAACCUCAAUGAAGUGACUUCUUCUUCUUCUUCUUCUUCUUCCUCUGCUGCUGCUGCUGCUGCUUCUUCUUCUUCCCGUCAGCUGAAUUCUCGGUUUCCUUCUCCGUUUUCCCCUUUUCGGGCGUCAUGCUGAAUGCGUUGAUCUCAAGUCCGAUCCCGCGCAUCCUCGAGGCGUCCCGUCAGGAAACGGCGCCGGCAUCGGAGGGCCUCCAGGAGCCCUAGAUCUUCCCAAUUCGAGGUCCCCUGUGCCCGCGAUUCGGUGUCGGGCGAUCGCAAUCCGUCGGUUCCGAGGUGAGAUUGCGCGUGCCCGGUUGGAUCUCGGGGGUUGUCGCCGCCGCCGCGGCGAUCGUUACGGCCCCGGAAGCCGACGUUUUCUGAUUGCCGGGGCAGCCGCCGUUUCGAUCCGGAUUCCGAGGGUAAUUCGGGCGGGGGUGGUGGCCUGUUUUUUUUGGGUGGGGGAUUGAGGGGGAUCGCCGAGGUUUAGGGUUUCCCUUGUUUGGGUUCGAUGGCUAGCAAUCCUCCAUUUGAGAUGGAGGAUCAGACCGACGAGGACUUCUUCGAAAAAUUGGUGGAUGAUGACGAUGAUUUUGCCCCUCCGGGAUCGGCCUCCGCCUCUGGCUCCGAUGCGGCGAGGAAAUUUUCUAAUUUGAGCAUUGUAGAUUCGGGCGAAGGAGCUGAUCCGAAGCUGAAUAGAGAGGAUUCUGCCGAUUUUGGAGUGGCGGAUCAGGUCGCGCCACCUGCAGGUGAGAAGAAGGCUCUUCUGCCUCCAAACUCGUUUGAUCUCAGUUCUGCAGUUGGUGCGGAGCCGAUCAAAGGUGCGGCCGUGGAGAGUUUGAAUGAUGGAAGUGGGCACGAUGCAAUGGGGAGCAGAUAUCAUUUGGAUGCCGCUUCAGGAUCGUUGAGUGUGGCCGCAGGUGAGAGCAGUGCAUUGGCAUCGGCCAAUUCGUUCGAGUUUGACAGUCUGAUCGAGUCUAAUGAUAACGGCACUGGGUCUCAAGAUUUGGUUGAUCCAGUGAAGGAAAAGGAUGGUGGAUCUGGUAAGGGAAUCAAGGAAGUGGGAUGGAGCUCAUUUCAUGCAGAGGCCGUUGAGCAUACCCAGGGCCAUGGGUUUGGAUCCUACUCCGAUUUUUUCACUAGCUUGGACAAUAGUGGUGGGGAGUUCUCUGGUAAUUUUCCGGAGGAUUCAAACCAUGAGUCAGUAAUUGCAGCAGGUAGUGCCGAAAAUCAGGCCGAUGGAUUGGAAAACUCUGCACAUUAUGCACAGUAUCAGCAGGACCAAGGCUAUGGGGCUGGUGAUGACCAAACCGCUAAUGUGCACGAUCUUAGUGGUAGUCAGUAUUGGGAAAAUUUAUAUCCGGGGUGGAAAUAUGACUCCAAUACCGGACAGUGGUAUCAAGUGGAUGGUUACAACCCCAAUAUGAAUCUCCAAGGGAACUCUGGUAAUACUGCAGUUCAGGAAUGGCCUGCUAGUUCUGAUGGAACAUCAGAGGUUUCUUAUUUGCAACAAACUGCUCAGUCUAUCGUGGGAACUGCUGCGGAGGCUGGGACAACUGAGAGUGUCUAUAGUAUGAAUCAGGUUUCGGAGGGGAAUAACGGCUAUCCGGAUCAUAUGGUAUUUGAUCCUCAGUACCCUGGUUGGUAUUAUGAUAUGAUUGCCCAAGAAUGGCGUACACUAGAGAGUUAUACUUCUUCUUUACAAUCAUCAGGUCAAGGUCAUGGUUACCAGAAUCAAGAUGGAUCGAUUGCCACUGAUGUAACAAGUCAAGCUCAUAAUAGUGUUCAUGGUGACUACGGGCAGGCUAACAAUUAUGGGUCACAGAUUAAUGUUGGUCAAAGCCAGGAUGGUCAUUGGGAUGGGUCAUAUAGUGAAUACAGUCAACCGAGCAGGAAUGAUACACGGCAAUUAGGAACAGUCGCAAAAAGCGAUGCAAUUUCAAAUUUUGGAGGACAACAGCAAUUCGACACUCUGUAUGGCUCCGAAGUUGCUGCAAACAACCACAUCAAUCCACAGAAUUCAUUUAAUUCUUUUGGGGCAGUUGAAUCACAUGGAAAAUCGGGCUGGAAUAAGAGUGAGGUUCAGGGGGCUUUUGGAUCACAGAGCUUUAUCCCCAGUCAACCAUUCAAUCAGGCAAUGGUUGAGCAGCAUGAUCAACUGCAUUUCUCCAAUGAUUUGUAUGCCAAUCAGAAGCCAGUAAAUUUUUACCAGCAAUCUUUUCAGGGUACUCAUCAGUUUACUCCAGCGUCUAACGUAGGACUAUCUUCGGCAGGGCGUCCUGCCCAUGCGUUAGUUACUUUUGGAUUUGGUGGGAAACUCAUAGUAAUGAAAGAUGCAACUUUUGCCAGUAAUCCAUCAUAUGGAGGCCAGGAUUCUUCUGGGAGCUCAAUUGCUGUCCUCAACAUAAUUGAAGUAUUCCAAAAGAAGAAUGAUGCUUCUGGCAAUGGAUUUGGUGCUUGCAACUAUUUGCAUGCUUUGUGCCAACAAUCCUUUCCUGGUCCUCUAGUUGGUGGAAGUGUUGGAAGUAAAGAGUUGAACAAAUGGAUGGACGAAAGGAUUGCGAACUGUGAAUCUCCAGAUAUGGAUUACAAAAAAGCAGAGGCUUUGAAGUUGCUUCUGUCUUUGCUGAAGAUAGCCUGUCAGCAUUAUGGUAAACUUCGAUCUCCUUUUGGCACCGAAACAGCCUUUAAGGAAGGUGAUAGUCCUGAAACAGCAGUUGCCAAACUUUUUGCGUCUUCUAAGAAAACUAAUGGACCAUUUGGAGGUUAUAAUUCUGAAAACCGCUGCUUGCAGUUUUUACCUUCUCCUGAACAAAUUCAGGCGACUGCCUCUGAGGUGCAGAAUCUUCUUGUUUCUGGAAGAAAAAAAGAGGCUCUACAGUGCGCACAAGAAGGUCAGUUGUGGGGACCAGCCCUUAUACUUGCCUCACAAUUGGGGGAUCAGUUUUACGUUGAUACUGUAAAGCAAAUGGCACUCGUACAGAUGGUACCUGGAUCACCGUUGCGGACAUUGUGCUUGCUAAUUGCAGGUCAACCGGCUGAAGUCUUUUCAGCAGACACCACCCCCGCUAGUGCUCCUGUUACCACGAUUAUGUCUCAACGUCCUGCUCAGCCUCGGCCCAAUGGAAUGCUUGAGGACUGGGAGGAAAAUCUGGCUGUAAUUGCUGCAAACAGAACCAAAGAUGACGAACUUGUGAUUAUUCACCUUGGGGAUUCCCUAUGGAAGGAAAAAAGUGAGAUUAUUGCAGCACAUAUAUGCUAUCUUGUGGCCGAAGCAAAUUUUGAGUCAUAUUCAGAUACUGCAAGACUGUGCCUUGUGGGAGCAGAUCACUGGAAAUGUCCACGAACUUACGCUAGUCCAGGGUCUAUACAGAGGACGGAGUUAUAUGAAUAUUCAAAAGUGCUAGGAAACUCUCAGUUUAUCCUGCUACCCUUCCAGCCAUAUAAGCUCAUAUAUGCCUAUAUGUUAGCUGAAGUGGGAAAAGUUUCUGACUCACUGAAGUACUGCCAAGCGCUAUCGAAAUCUCUGAAAACUGGGCGAGCCCCUGAAGUAGAUAUGUGGAAGCAAGCGGUUUUAUCUCUUGAGGAGAGGAUUAGAGCCCAUCAACAGGGUGGGUAUUCAGCAAACAUGGCUCCCGCAAAGUUAGUUGGUAAAUUGCUCAAUUUUUUUGACAAUACUGCGCAUCGGGUUGUUGGGGGGUUACCACCCCCUGCACCAUCAACGUCUCAAGCAAGUAUUCAAGGUAUUGAACAAUUCCAACAGCCAGUGGCUACUAAAGUUUUGAGUAGUCAAUCAACAAUGACCAUGUCAUCUUUAAUACCAUCUGCUUCAAUGGAGUGGCCGGCUGAUAGCAGCAAAAUGACAAUGCAAAACAGAAGUGUCUCAGAACCAGAUUUUGGGAGGACCCCAAGACAGGUUGAUUCCUCAAAUGAAAUAACCUCGGCUAAUGCUCAGGGCAAGGCUUCAGCGUCAGAGAGGACAUCCCGCUUUGGUAGAUUUGGUUUCGGCUCGCAGCUUUUACAGAAGACUGUGGGGCUAGUGUUGAGACCACGCUCAGAUCGUCAGGCUAAACUGGGCGAAACGAAUAAGUUUUACUAUGACGAGAAGCUAAAGAGAUGGGUAGAGGAAGGUGCUGAUCCUCCUGCUGAGGAACCUGCCUUGGCUCCUCCUCCCACAACCGCAGCAUUCCAGAACGGAAUGCCUGACUACAACCUGAAGUCAGCACUGAAGAGUGAAGGACUUGUCCCCAACGGAAGUCCAGACUUUACAAGUCCAACACCUUCAGACCACACCUCAGGAAUUCCGCCUAUUCCACCCAGCUCGAAUCAGUUCUCAGCUCGAGGGCGUAUGGGUGUUAGAUCAAGGUAUGUUGACACCUUCAACCAAGGUGGUGGUAGCCCUGCAAACUUAUUCAAGUCACCAUCUGUGCCAGCGGUUAAACCUGCCGUCGCUGCCAAUGCAAAGUUUUUCAUUCCAACCCAAGUAGUAUCAUCAGGUGACCAUACCAUGGAGGCCAUAGCUGAAAGUGCACAAGAGGAAACCUCAACUACGGAAGAACCUUCGACAUCCUCUGCCUAUGACUUAUUCAAGACUUCUGUACCUCCUUCGACAGCCAUGCAAAGGUUCCCAAGCAUGGGUAACAUCCCAAGCAAAGUGACUACGUCAAAUGAAAACGGUUCUUUCGAAUCUCACUCGCGCCGAACAGCAUCAUGGAGUGGAAGCUUCAACGAUGCAUUGCAUCCACCUAAGAAUGUGGGGGUAAAACCUCUAGGUGAGGCAUUGGGCAUGCCUCCUUCGGCUUAUGUGCCGAGCAAUCCUACUUCGAUGCCCAUGCCAAUGAAUGGUGGAGGUUUUGCGGAUGACCUUCACGAAGUGGAACUUUGAGCAGAAACUUUCCAGUUGGAAGAACUCUGAGCAGAGAGUUGGAACAUGUAAAUAUUCAAGUUUUGUUUUGUGUGAUCAAUCUGAGUUCCAUUGCCGCUUCAUCUUUAUAUAAAUGAUGAAAGGUCACACAAGCCAGCUCCUGUAGUAUCUUGAAUAGCUUUAGAUGUUCGAAGCACUGGAUCUGGACCACCUACGCCGGCACUUUACAAAGUGGAUCUAUACCGAGGUAUUCUUCACAGUUAAAGGCUUGAUAAAUUUCCUUAAUUAUCUAUUGAUAUUAGCACGAGGGAUGGGUUUCUAUAUAUACAAAGAAUAGAAAAGUCUGCAGGGGCGGCUUUGUAUAGUUCAUUUGUUCAUUUAUUUGGAAACAGAUAGUCCCUGAAAGGAGAUAGUUCACAAGGAGGAAGGAGAGCCUUGCUGAAUUGUAAAAGCGUAAAGAUGGCUUGGUGGUUUCUUCUUUUGUAACUGUUUUUUGGGCCUAUUCCGAUGCUCUACUGAAAUAUAGAGUCGAUCUGCCA